CGCCGCCGAGCGAGGGCACCUCUCUAGCCUUCGAGCUCCCCUCCCGCUUGGCCGUCGCCUCUAGCGAGAUGGAGCCGUCUCGCCGCGUCGUCGGCAAGCGCCAGGUCCGGCCCAACAUGGCGCGCCAGGACUUUGGGUAUGUCGAGCGCUCACGUGCUGCUGCAAACAAGGGGAUGAAGGGCGUCAAGCCCAAGCGGGAGGACGAGGAGGACGGCUCGGCACCGAUGCGAUCGGAGAAGGACGCCCGCAGCCUGACGGUCGACUUCACAAAACUGGACAUGGCUACGCUAAAGCGCUACAAGCGGCACUACCGGCUGAAGACGCGCCAGAACGUGACAAAGACAGAGCUCGCGCUUGCGAUCGCGAAGCACUUUGCUGCGCAAACUGUCGACGAGGCGGACAGGAUUUCGCUCUUUAUGUAUUCCGCGCGCGCCAACAGCUUGCAAUAGGACCGGCGCGACUACCUCAACGGCCGGUGAUCGGCGGCGGCCGGCCAGAGGCCGCGCGUGCGGAAGCAGCAGCGUGGAUCGAAGGGGUCGAGGCCGGCUGUCCCGCUCCCUCUCCGCCCCUCUCCGUCUGCGCGGAGCAGCGGUGCUGACUGCUGCGGCGCCAUCUCCAUCUCGGCAAACCUGCAGCCGAAUGUGUGCGCGUCGUUCUUACAUGUUAUACCCUGGGUGGUGUGGCC